GAUUGGUUCUGAGAAUCCCAUAUAAAUAUAGGAUUUUUUGCUUGUUGAUAUCAGUGAUUAUGAUAAGGCUGUGAGAUUUCCCAGAGAAAGAAUAUUAGAACCAUUUUAACAAGACCUUGGACUUUUGGUUGGACGUAGCUAUUUAUUUCUUGCGUCAAAAACAAGUUAAAAUGACGUGGUUUCAAGCAAAAAAUGCACCAAUUGCAUAGUCUUAGCUGAAAAGCCAGACAAAUCUUGUUGAUUUCAAAGAGCCAUGGCCAAGUGGCCAGCAAUGAAAUAGACAGGCCUACGUCACAUUGCUGUUUGACACGACUACCCAAAGUCCAAGCUCUUGUUAAAAUGGUUCUACAAUUGAGUCUUUGGGAUAAGUUGUUCCCAUGAAAUUCCUUAGUAUUCCAUGUAUUCUGAGAUCCCAAAAAGAUAAAUGGGAUUUUUUUCCCUUUAAUUGAGAUAAGACUUGUGAGAUUACUUUUAGCUCGAAAGAAGUGAUUAUUGAAAUAUCAGAUUAUUUGUUCUCAUGAAAGGCAAAAAUAGAUAAAAAGGAUUCUUAUUAAAUAAGUUCUGUGGUGUCUGGCAGAAAGAAUUUUCAACGUUCCAAAAAGUCCUUGAACUUUAUUUAAGUUCAUAAGUUCAAAAGGUCAUUAAUUGAUUGCCCUUUUAGAUGUGCAUACAUAUAUUAUGUACAGAUAUAUAUUUUUGUCAUUGGUUAUAUGAGAAAGUAAUGAUAGCAUGUACAAUUUAAUGAAAGUUUUUUUUAUGAUAACUGUUUUACAAGUGAGAAGAAAAGUCACUGUGAUCUAAACUUUAUUAAUUUGGGCUCAUUACAACUCUGCCAGUUUUGCCAUUGUUUCUCAUAUAAUAAACUUAAUAACAACUUGCAUGUAAUUUCGUGGAAGUGAUCAGUUGUUACGAAAACAGAACAUGUGAUGAAUACCUUUCAAAAUUACCACCUUAUUACGCAUUUUGUUUUUGUGUUUGUGCAUGUAUAUGUACUGUAACUACGGCCUCUGCUAAUUUGCUAUUUAAUUAAGCAUUAACUGGCACAAGCGUAAUUGUAAAAGAAAAAAAAGGGAGGAUUUAUUAUAUUAUUACUUCAUUCUUGAUAAAAAAAAAAGUUCAAAUGUAUACACUGGGAGUUGAAUGCCCGUUCUUAAAAAAAAGUGUUUCGUCUCCAAGAAGAGAUAGUGCAAGAAAACUUGUGUGUUUUUAAUACUGUUACAAAGCAAAACAAGUGUGCGUUAUGGGUUUCGGUUUCGUUAAAAUCAUUAACUUUAAUAUAUGGAAUUUUAAGGACCAAGGGAGAGAAUUUGCAAUGGUUCAGUGGUGUUAAACCAUUAAGGAUUUUUCUGCCACAGCCCUUGACCAGACCCCAGUUUCCUCCCUUGACCAUGGUUCGGUGGCAAUGUCGUCGGAGGGCAUGAUGCAGAUUAUUCCACCGCCCGCCGUCAGUGUCAACAAGUCACCACACGGCGGCAUGCCACUAGACAACCUCAAAAUGAUGCCGGGGACAGACGCUCACUCAGACAAUGUGAUACACAGCUCUCCCCCGCAGAAAGUCAAGCCUGACAGUAGUCGCAAACCAUCCGAGUCCACAAAAGCCCAGAUCGAGGUGAUCCCCUGUAAGGUGUGCGGUGAUAAGUCGUCAGGUGUACACUAUGGAAUCAUCACCUGUGAGGGAUGCAAGGGAUUUUUCCGCCGGAGCCAGGCCGGUCCCGUGAACUACCAGUGUCCUAGAAACAAGAACUGUGUCAUUGAUCGAGUCAACCGGAACCGAUGCCAGUUCUGUCGCCUUCAGAAGUGCCUGGCACUGGGCAUGUCCAGGGAUGCUGUUAAGUUUGGGAGGAUGUCUAAAAAACAGAGAGAGCGAGUGGAGGAUGAGGCGAACUACGUCAAACAGUCACGCAUGAACGGGUACGAUACCUCGUGUGGAAUGCCACCUAGCAACAACAACAAUCAGUUUUCUAUAUACAAUGACUGUCACCUGAUGUAUACCUCUAAUGGCUACGCCUACACCAUGCCCUCCCCGGCCUCGGAGAGCCAGCCAGAGACCCCCGUGUCUCCGGAACCACCAGCCUACAGCACCACCCAGGCCCCCACCACCCAGCCACCCCACCCCAUUGCCCUCCUUAGGGCCGUCGACCUCAUGGACCCAGUGAUGUUAGGGAAGGCUGUGACCGAGGCUCACAUGAGGACGUGUUUAUACACGAGUGAACAGAUACAACACAUCCAAUCCAGCAUAACACCUCAGGAAAUCAUAGACGCCUUCAAAACUAUGACGCGGAGUCAGUUAUGGUCAGAAGUGGCAGAGAAGAUAACGAUUGCCGUGCAACAAAUCAUAGAGUUCGCCAAAAUGCUGCCCGGCUUCAUGGAUCUCUCUCAGGACGAUCAGAUCAUGCUGCUGAAAGCAGGGAGUUUUGAGCUUGCCCUGAUACGUGCCUGUCGUGUGUUUGAUGAACGCACCAACAGCAUCAUCUUUGGAAAUGCCAUAGUACCUCUCUCUGUAUUCAGCGCCUUCAAUGAAGAGGAGUGCCACCUACGUGAGCAGGUGUUUGAAUUCGUUCGGAACGUGAUUCAGUUGAAGCUGACGGAGAGUCAACUGGCGCUGUUCAGCGCGGUGGUCCUCAUCCGGGCAGAUCGUCCUGGAUUAAAGGACAUAGCGGACGUUCAGAAACUGAAUGAGAAAGUCCUGACGGCCCUGAAACAGGAGCUAGGGAAGACGCACGCCAACGAGAACGUCCUGACACGCCUGAUGCAGCUGACGUGGACAUUACGACAGCUCAGCUCCCAACAUAUAGUGCUUCUCAAUAAAUACAAACUGCAAAAUCCAGAGGUAGAGUUCCCUGCCCUUCAUAAAGAACUCUUCAGUGUUGAGGGUUUAGAAGGUUCCUAAGACAGAUUUUUUUUUUCUUCAAAAAAUGGAGGUGAUUUUAAUUUCUGGUUUUUUCUCUCUCUUCUCAGAAAUGGACAACAUUUUAGGGAGGGAGAGAUAAUGUUUUUAAAAAAUUGUAUGAUACAGUGGCUAUAUUGUUUUAUAAGCAGUUCAUAUGUUUGUUGAUUUUUAAAAUUUUUUUUGGAGGAUGAAAUAUAUUUUGAAAUGGGUCAUAUUUUACCUAUUUAGUUUAUCAUUGUUAGUUUUACAUCUAUAAUAGCAUGUGCAUAGCAUGUAUAGGACAAAAACUAAAAUAGUCACUUUAUAAAGAAAAUAAUCCCUUGUAGACAUGUGAAUCAACUUUUACCCAUACAGGUUGUUUUCAAAACAUUCUGGUGAAUUUCUUUGAAAUUUACGCCCGCGAAGUUUUUCUUAUGAAGAACAAGUUAGAAAUGAUAAAUAUUGAAAUUACAAAAUCUUGUAGCUGGCUAACAGUUUUAAUACAUU